AUGGAUUACAUGGUCGUAGCCAUGUUGAUAUGUUUCUUAUGUGCAUCUGGCGAUCUCCCUUCAGUAGAUGCAUAUGGAGACAUGGGAACCAAUGGGACGUUUUUAACAUCACCAAGAUCAGCACUGUUUGUGUUAGCUGGGAGGAAUAAAUACAAAGGCAACAAUGAUGUCAAUCUUAUAGUUGGAUGGGGCACCAGGCUGAGCAGCUACGGCGCGCGAGUUAAAAUAGGUAUAUGGAGUUCACAAGGACAACAUCAUUCCCAAGAAUCUGGGGCAUCAAUAUAUAUCAGCAGUAUUGAUCUAGAUCGGUCCUCCUUUAGUUCUAUCGAAGCUGGAUUUCAUGUACUUCCCGAGUUAUAUAAUAAUAAUAAUGUCCAUUUCUUUAUACGAUGGACGAAAGACAAUUACAAACCAACGGGCUGUUAUAAUUUGGACUGCCCCGGUUUUGUGCCUGCUAGUGGAGCUGCACUUGUUCCAGGCCAAGCUGUUGCUCCUCCCUCAACCUACGACAGGGACGAUCGCUACAUAACAAUUAGCAUGCACACUGACCCAAACACGAGAGAUUGGGUGUUGUAUCGAGAUGACUUGCGUAAACCUCAAUUUUUGGGGCACUUUCCAAAAGAGCUUUGUCCUAAACUGUAUGGUAUAGCUCCCGGAGUAGCGUGGAUUGGAUUUGUUAAGGAUAGGGAUCAAGGUGGUCCCGCAAUGGGUAGUGGUCAUUUUCCAGAAGAAGGCCAAAGGAAAGCAGCAUACUUCAAGAAUAUCAAGCUCUUUGAUUCCAAAGCUAAUGUGUAUGAUCCGAGUGGCUUGGUUACACUUGUCACCAGGCCAAACUGUUACAAGGUGUUUCUGAAUUAG